AUGCUCUGGCGACAAUUCAAAGCAAAUUUCAAUUAUACAAAUCGCAGGGCCUCAACAAAAUUGCUUUUGUACAGCAAUUGUUUCGCAAAUACCCUAAACCGUUUAUUGGGCACACAACUGAUAAACGAUGGCCGGGUGUUGGUCGUUGAGGACGGCAGCGCAAAAACGACCCAGUCACCGCGCUCCAUGAAAUUUCCAAUAGUGUGGCUUCGGGACAAUUGCCAGUGCAGUGAAUGUUUUCACGGCACGACCCAAAGUCGUAAAACCAAUUGGGAGCCUUGCAACAACAUUGCAGCACGUGCAGCCAAAGUAGUUGCCAAUGGUGAAAAGAAUGCAAUAAUCAUAGAUUGGCAAGAUGCCCAUAAAUCCGUAUACGAUUUGCAAUGGCUGCGAAAGCGCGACUUUUCUCCGGAACAGCGUAGCGCAUAUAUUGAAGGUGUCUAUAAGCCAAAGGAAAUCGUUUGGGGCAAACAGGAAUUUGCCGAUGUAUUGAAAAUUUACGAUUUUCAUAAGAUUAUUGCGGAUGAUACAGAACUUUAUAAAUGGCUUCAUUCGUUGGCUGUCUACGGUGUUAAUAUUGUAAAAAAUGCUCCACAUGAUACAACGGUUGUUCAACAACUGGGAAAUCGCAUUGGGCUCAUUAAAAAAACUGCAUAUGGAGAACAAUUUGAAAUAAAAUCGAAAGAAAAUCCCACCAAUUAUGCUUAUCUGAUGGUACCUCUGCCGCUGCAUGUCGAUGUGCCCUAUUAUGAAAAUAUUGCUGGGAUACACAUUUUACAUUGCCUUGUCCAGUCGGCUAAGGGUGGAGAAAAUACCCUAACCGAUGGAUUUUAUGUUGCCGAUCAAUUAAGACAACAUUAUCCUAAAUAUUAUGAGGCGCUGCGUACUACACCUGUUGAUUGGCAUGAUAUUGGCAAGGAAGAAGAUCUAGAAUUUCAUAAUAUUUGGAGAGAACCAGUUAUUAACUUGGACGUUGAUGGUCGUUUUCAUCGUAUUAAUUUCAAUACUAUCAAACGAGAUAGCCAUUUCACGGUACCACUGGAAGCUGUUGAUCUAUGGUAUGAGGCCUAUAAUAAAUUUAUAGAAAUUGCCACUGAAACUGCUGUACAAUUCAAAACAUCUCCGGGUGAGGUGUUUGUUUUCAACAAUAGACGCAUGUUGCAUGGCCGAACGGCUUUUGAGGAUACCGCUGAUAAUAAACGCCAUCUCAUCGGAGCCUAUGUUGAUUGGGAUUAUAUUUAUUCGAAAAUGCGUGUUUUACAAAGAAAAUUGGGUAUUAAUCAGGAAUAA